CGUACAGCGAGAGAGGACAGGCAGAAUGGCUGCACAGUGCCGUAGCUCCAAAUGCACGGCAGAGAGGAAAGGAUUCCGGCGGGAACUAGAUUCCUGGCGGCACAAACUGGUCCACUGUGUAGGUUUUGAAAGUAUACUAGAAGGGAUCUACGGACCAAGGCUACUUAGGGACCUCAGUGCAUUUGUGGACUAUGAACCAGAUGAGGUGAAUGAUUGGUCUAUGGUUGAAAACUGUUCAUUCUGCAACCUACAAAUAGAGAAAAUCAAUACAACUCCAACAGAAGAAUCUCCAUCUCAGGGCCAGUCUAACACUGAGCAAAUUGAAUGCCAAGCAGACAAAUUUCUUCAUGCAGUCUUUCGAAAGAAAGACCUUCCUCAGAACUGUGAUCCGAACAUCCCCUUAGUUGCUCAGGAAUUAAUUAAAAAAAUGAUCCGCCAGUUUGCUAUUGAAUAUGCUUCAAAAAGCCAUCAGAUUCAGGAGACAACUGUAUCGUUGGUGGAUCUGGAUACAGUUUGUAGCAGUCUCCAGCAACCACAAGAUCAAGAAGGACCGUUGGACCUCACUGUGAAUAGAAACCAACAGAAUGUCGAACAAGUAGAUGGGGUGCUUGAUCUGUCGAAGAAAACUAGUGCCACUUCAGCAUCAAUGCCAUCUGAUGUAGCGUCAGGGAGACUGCAGAAGGACGACUAUGUGGAAAGAAGCACUGAGCUUUGGCAAGGUUUGCUUUCAAAAGCCUUGAAAGACAUUCAGUCAGGAGCACUGGACAUUCACAAAGCAGCCAUACUUUACGGCAUACCUCAAAAAACUUUACUUCUCCAGUUGGAAGCCUUAUCUGAAGGAAAGCUUACAACUUCAGAAAGCAUCAGCCAAGACUCUCGGGAUGACUACUUUUCAAAAAGCAAAGAGACUCAUCUUGUUCUGCAGAAGGUGGCUUCUUGGGCUCGGGCUCAAGCUGAACGUACAGAACAGUGUAAAUUCAGCCUAAUUGAAAACUCAGGGUUGAAAUUCCCAAGAGCUUCCACUUACCUCCACCAGUUAACUGUACAGAGGAUGGUAACUCAGCUAAAUGAAAAAAAUGAAAGCCUUCACUACGAAAGUUCAAACAGUCCUCCUGUACAGUUAAAAAUCCCUCAGGUACGAGUCAGUUCUGUGUCAAAACCUCAAGCUGAUAUCUCUGGUCUUGUGGAUGUAAUGUAUCAAGUGUCUAAAACUUCUUCAAUGCCAGAAGGGUCAGCUCUUCAAAAACUCAAGACUAUACUACCUAAGCAGAGCAAAAUUGAAUGUUCUGUACCUCUAGUCCACUCUGGUAUUGAUUCUUGCAUAAUGCAAGGUGACCUUUCUCCAUUGUGUCUUAAUAUAAAGAAUGGUUCGAUUGAUGAAAAUGCGGAUGAUCUGGAUAGGAGGGAUAAGCAGCCAAGGAAAAAGCGUGGCCGCUACCGCCAGUAUGACCACGACAUCCUGGAGGAAGCCAUAUCAAUGGUGAUGGGUGGGAAAAUGAGCGUCUCUAAAGCACAAGGAAUUUAUGGUGUACCUCAUAGCACUUUAGAGUACAAAGUAAAAGAACGAUCUGGAACACUGAAAACUCCACCGAAAAAGAAGCCCCGCUUACAAGACACUGGUAUAUUUAGUGUGAAUGAUUCGGGGACAAGCAGCUCAAAACACUUGUAGAUUUAUUUUAUUGGUCUGAUUUGAACACUCAAACCUAGACCAGAGGUAUUUAAGUAAACACUUCAAAACACAAACAUGCCUUUAAAAAAAAGAAAAAAAAUAGUUUAUUCAGGUUUUUUCACUGUGGAUAUAAAUAUGUGGUGCACUAUUAGUUUCAGUUACUGCAUUAUUAUCAAGAAAUAUUCAGGUUUAAUUUAAGAUAACAAGCUUUUUGGAGCAUUAAUGAUUGUUGUGCAGCUUUCACGGUGGGAUAAAAAAACCCAGACUGAAUAAAGUGACUUACUAUUAAAGGUAGCUGGUGAUUUAGUAUAUACUUUAUUUAAACACAUAUACUGAGUAUGAAGUAGACAGAAAAAUCAUGGGAAGAUAAUACUCUAUAAAAUGCUUUUAUGAGAAAACACUAUGAGCUUACUGAUUGUGCAGCAUUUUAUUUUUUUUCAGUUAAUAUAAGUCUAAUAAAAAGAAAGGCAAAAGAGAGAAGCCUGACAAGUUGAAGGUUAAUUUAACCAAAACAUUGUAGAUAUGGAACAUGAGAAUGAGAAAUAUUUUGAAAUGCACUUGUUUUUUUUUGUUUUUUUUUUUUUAAGUAACUAUAAAAGCUGAAUUUUAUAGUUCAGAAAUGUUGAAUUAAAUUAGAGCACACUGUAGAUUCAUUUUGUUUUAAAUGCAGUUUUAGGCAGUUAAUAAUUUAAAAGAUUUAAAGUUGUAUUGCAAAGUGUAAUGGGUAAGUUGGAAUGCAAAAUAGAGCAUGUUCAAAAUGUGCACAGACUAAGCUUGAGUGGUAUAUUUAGUGAAUGUGUGCUGGUUAGGUUUUAUUGAUUCAUUUGUAUUUAUUAAAGUUUGUCUCACACUCCUACUACUGAAAACCUCACUUAAACUAACGUUGCUGCUGUGUUAUCCAAAUCAUUUGUCCAAAUAUCAGAAUGGUCCUUUACAUUGUCAUUCAGCUAAUACCAAAUUUUACAGUUCAGGGUCUCAUUAUUUCACUAGUCAAGUUAGAAGCUGUUUCAAACCCACAUGGUUUGUCUUUAUGUAAAAAAAAUAAUAUGGUGGAUUAAAACAGGGCAAUGAUUUAGUAUCUUAUUGGUAAAAUAAAGCUGAUGUUUCAUAUCAUAUUUUUUAAAGAACUUGGUGUUAUUGUCAUAUUACAUUAGCCAUAGGCCUAUGUAAAGCAGUCACUUGUUUGGUAGUUUGGACCUGUAACUGCAGAUUAUUCUAAUUUUUUGGUAAAGCUAUUUUAAAACAAUGUAAUCCUGUUAUGAAACCGUACUUUAUCAAAUGUAGGCCCCAAUUAGAACCCUUUCUAAUGCAUUCCCUUGGGGAAAACAAAUGUACCUGCAUCAAUUUACCUGGAUUUCAAAUUAUUCCCAGUAUUGUAAGUGUUUUUGUAUUUUUUAUUGUAUUUAUUUAUUUAUGUGUUGAUUCUUUUUAAAGGGCAUUGGUUUUUACAUGUUAAACAAUGCCAGUGAUCUUGAAAUCAGUUUAAAGAGCAAGUCCUGCUAAAGUGGUGUUUUAACUUGCAGCUUGUUUGAAUGUUUCCUAAAACAUUUUGUAUAACAAAACAGUGCCUCUGUUUUUAGAACUACUACUCAGAAGUUGUUUCACCAUUUUCUGGUAGCUAUUGACGAUUUUAUAUUCAAUUGUAUAUUACCUUUUAGUGAUUUGAUUUGUAGCUGUUUACAAAAUACUUUCCACUUACUGGUGUUUUAAUUGCAGUAUUUUCAUUGUCACAGUACAGUACGAAGUCAUUUCUGUGGCAGCCUUGAUUUUUAAAUUAAUUUAAAAGCCUCUUUUAUUUUUAUUUACUUUUUUUUGUUUGGAUAAUAUAAACUAAUUUUUAGGUAAUUAGUUAUAUUUAUGCAUAAAUCAAUUGCACUAUAAUUCAUGAAUUUAUGAUAUUUUCAAAUUAAAUAGUGUACCUAACGGUCUUGUGUUGUAAAUGUACCGUAUUUUUGUCUUGAUCUUUGUACUGAUUUAAUUGUUUAGUUAGUGUGUUUUAAGUUUGUAAUUUGUAUUAAAGCACUUUGAUGCUUUUGCACUUAAGUUAAGCAAUUUGUGUGUGUGGAUUUCUUGGCUUUUCUCGUACAUCAAUGUAGUUUCUUUAUAAUGUUGAUUGCUUCAUGUGCUCACUUAAAACAAUGGUUCUGAUGCACUUAAUGAUUAUAGCUAAUAAAAUAUUUCCAUGCACUGUAUCUGUUGUGCACUUCCAUUUGCUUUGUAGCCUAGAUGUUAUGAGGUUUGGAAACAAAACCAUAUUUAAUGCCUGUUUGUUUUUAUUGAAAAAUGUCAUUCACUGUAACCACUUAACAUGGAACACGUUGUGCAGGCAUGUUUUGAAAGGUUAAAACAUUUGCAUGCACUGUAUAGAAAUUGAAAUAUUCUAAUUGUUGACCACUUUGAACAGCCAUUGUGUUUUAAUUUUAUUUUUUUCUCUGGAGAAAUAAUGUGUUGCGUGUUGGGUGAUUUCAAUUU